UGCCUAUCAAUGCCAACUGUCAGUGCUCAUCAAUGCCACCUGCCAGUGCCUAUCAGUGCCUCCCAUCAGUGCCAGUCAGUGCCACCUAUCAGUGCCAGUCAGUACCGCCUAUCAGUGCGCAUCAGUGCCCGUCAGUGCUGCCUAUCAGUGCCGCCUAACAGUGCCAGUCAUCAGUGCCACCUAUCAGUGCCGCCUAUCAGUGCCAUAUAUGAGUGCUGCCUUUCAGUGCCCAUCAGUGAUGCCUGUCAAUGCCCAUCAGUG